GCGCACCCGAACACUUCUCUCAGUUAACCUGCGUCGAGUGUCCACGAGAAGCUGUUAAACAGUAGCACAACAUGUCAGAAAAGAAGCAAACGGUGGAUUUGGGGCUUUUGGAGGAGGACGAUGAAUUUGAGGAAUUCCCAGCAGAGGACUGGACAGGCCUGGAUGAAGAUGAGGAUGCUCAUGUUUGGGAAGAUAACUGGGAUGAUGACAACGUAGAGGAUGACUUUUCUAAUCAGCUGAGAGCGGAGCUUGAAAAACACGGAUACAAGAUGGAAACCUCGUAACGGUGGAUUACUUGAGUUAAAAAAAUGGACUUUUCCAGAUAUGAAUAUUGUCAGCUCCUUCUGUCAAUAGAGAUUGUGACUUCUCUUAUUACCUCUGUAAGAAGUCCAGUGUUGUAAAAACGUGUCAGUUGACACCGAUCAUUGUUUCCCCCUUUCCUCUUAUAUAAAGAUUGUGUUAAUGAUUGAUAAUAAAAGCAGGGUUUCCCUA